AUGGAAUAUGAAAAAUGCGAAAUCGGAAAGGAUGGAUUGCUUCCUUUCACCUUCAAUGAUAUCAGGGGCCUAGAAAAGGAAGACAGUGGAGUCCAUGCUAAGGACAUCAUCAGUGCUUUAAAAGGUCACGUGAAAGAGGGCUAUGUGUUCAACCCUAAGAUUCCUCUGUCUGACAACAACCAGUAUUACCUCAGAGAUCCCGGCCUGAAUGAUAAGAUCCACUGCCUGGUGAACGUUAUACCAGCAGACAUGAUUUCAAUGAUCAAAGACGACUACAUCAAAAAAAUGAAGGAAGUCAGAGAAGAAGCCAGCAGAACAGGACUCCCUCAAGUGAUUUUUAUGACGAGAGUGGACCGUGCAUGCCCACUGACAAAGAAAGAUUUGCACAAUGUCUACAAAAGCAAGAAGAUCAGGGAUAAAAUGCGUGAGUGUAGCGUGUCGCUGGGUGUCCCAAUGAACUGCAUCUUUCCUGUGUGGAACUAA